AUGGAGAAAGGGAUGGAAUUAAAGGGUGGUGAAUCUAGUAAUGCUAACAUUCCACAAGUCCAGUUGUUCGUUACGGGAUAUGACAAUUCUCUUCCUGAGGACGAUAUCAAGAGCGCAGUGAUUAAGCAUUUCUCUUCAUGUGGAAAGGUCACUGAUGUUAUGAUUCUCGGAAAACUUAGAACCGGUGCUCUCCACAACAGUGGAUCUUUCGUUUAUAUUUGUCGACAAGGCGCAGUAGAGAAGGCGAAAAAGCUUAAUGGUGGAGGAUGUGAAUGUGAUCUUUUCAGAGGGCUACGAUGCCCUAAGAGGGCUGAGGAGGCUAAGAUGGCCGAGGAGGCUAAGAAUGAGGAGGCUAAGGAGCCUAAUGAGGAAGUUGAUGAGGAAGAGAGUCUAGGAGAGGGAGCGAGGAUGACUGUUACGGGAUACGACACUUCGCUUCCUAACGACGUUAUCAAGAGCGCCUUGAUUAAACAUUUCUCUCCAUGUGGAGAGAUCAUUCAUGCUAGUGUUCCCGGAGACUCUCAAACCAAGAUAGCUCUCGUUUAUAUUCGUGGAGAAGGUGCAGCAGAGAAGGCGGUGAAGCUUAAUGGUGGAUGCGAAUGUGAUGUGGAAGAAUCUUGUUUUACUCCUCCCAAGGCUAACAUGACUACGGAGUAG